AUGACUACUCAGACUUCAUCUGGGAGGAGAAGCAUCUCGGGUCUAAGGCGAGGAUCAUCAUUAGCUUCCAAGAAACCGGUUCUCCAACAAUCCGAGGAGAGCGGAAGCAGCAGCCUCAAUGACAACAACAACAUCAAACCGGGUUCACCUCUUGCUCAACCGGUUCCUAACGGCGAGAGAACAGUCAAGAAGCUACGCUUAUCCAAAGCUCUCACUAUCCCCGAAGGCACCACCGUCUUCGAUGCUUGUCGAAGGAUGGCUUCUCGCCGCGUCGACGCGGUUUUGUUAACCGACUCGAGCGCUCUUCUCUCCGGGAUUGUUACCGACAAGGAUAUAGCCACGAGGGUGAUCGCGGAAGGGUUGAGACCAGAGCACACGUUGGUCUCCAAAGUCAUGACAAGAAACCCCAUUUUCGUCACCUCUGAUUCUCUCGCCAUCGAGGCUCUCGAGAAGAUGGUUCAAGGGAAGUUCAGGCACUUGCCUGUUGUGGAAAACGGCGAAGUCAUUGCUCUUUUGGAUAUCACGAAAUGCCUCUACGAUGCCAUCUCUCGGAUGGAGAAAGCCACUGAGCAAGGAAGCGCUUUAGCCGCUGCGGUAGAAGGCGUUGAACGGCAAUGGGGAAGCGGAAGCGGGAACUUCUCCGCCGCGCCGUAUCCGUUCAUCGAGACGUUGAGGGAGAGGAUGUUCAAGCCUGCGUUGUCAACGAUCAUCACAGAGAGUUCGAAAGUCGCGCUCGUCUCGCCUUCGGAUCCUGUCUUUGUAGCUUCGAAGAGGAUGCGUGAUUCUCGUGUUAACUCCGUGAUCAUCGCCGUUGGGAACAAGAUCCUCGGGAUUCUAACGUCGAAGGACAUUCUGAUGAGAGUCGUGGCUCAGAAUCUGUCCCCUGAGCUGACUCUUGUUGAGAAAGUCAUGACGCCGAGCCCUGAGUGUGCUUCGACGGAGACAACGAUUCUUGAUGCGUUGCAUAUAAUGCACGACGGCAAGUUUCUUCACCUUCCGGUUUUGGAUAAAGACGGCUUCGUCGCGGCGUGCGUUGACGUGCUGCAGAUAACUCACGCGGCUAUUUCCACGGUUGAGAACAGCUCGGGAGCUGUUAACGACAUGGCGAACACGAUGAUGCAGAAGUUCUGGGACUCAGCUCUGACGCUUGAACCGCCAGAGGAUUACGAAACGCACAGCGAUAUGUCGGCGAUGCUGGUGAACUCAGACGGAGCAGACACAGGGAAGCAGUCUUGUCAGUCUCAGGGGCUUCUCGUGAGCUCGUUUGCUUUCAAAUUCCAAGACCGUAAAGGGAGAGUUCAUCGGUUUGAUACAGCCGGUGAGAGUUUCGAAGAGGUGAUGAGUGGUGUGACGCAGAGGUGCGAAGCUGGUUCAGGGAUUCAGAUUAUGUACGAAGAUGAUGAAGGCGAUAAGGUUUUGAUAAGUAGGGACAGUGAUCUUGUUGCUGCCGUUGCCUUUGCUAGGUCUUUGGGACAGAAGGUUUUGCGGCUGCAUCUCGAUUUUACCGAGACAGUGUGUCUUGAGACGGUUGUAGAUUCGUCUGAGGAAAGCGGCGGAGGCGGUUGCGUUUGGUGGCAGACUGGCGUUGUGGCCGGUGCUAUUGUUUUGACGAGUAUAGGUCUACUUGUUUACUUGAAACGUUCCAAGAAAUGA